AUGGCGUCGUCGGAGGUGGCUGAGGGCGGCGGAGGAGGAGGCCAUGGUGGCUUCUCGGAGGGCGGCGAAUCAGAUUCGCUCUUCGAGGGGAUGGUCCUCAUUGACGCCUCCGAUCUCCUCCCGGCUUCUUCAUCCCCUCCCCGUUCUCCUCUUCCUCUGCUGGCUACGCCGCCACCAUCGAGCCCCCAAGCGGAGGGGACGGGAGUGGCGCCUCCAGAGGCGUCCUCUUCGGCUUCUAUAUCCUCGUCCCUUCCUCUAGACGAAGACCUGUUCUCCGACCUCACAAUCCUAUCUCCAUCGACGCCGGCUCAGCAACCCUCUCUCUCAUUGCCACCAUCGGAUCCGCCGGCGAGGUAUCUGCAGGCCACGCCGGCUGAUCUUUCUCCGAGACCUUCGGGGGCUUCCCCUACGCCGGAGACACCGCCCCUACUCGUGCCUUCCCGGCAGAUUACCCGCAAGAAGAAGAAGGCCAUUAGGAUCGGGUACGCACGGGAUGCAGCGGCCGGAUGGCCGGGAUCCGCCGGCGCGAACCCUGCGGUGGACGAUCAAGUCUCUGAGCUAUCGGUCCGCACAAUCCGCGAAUCCUAUUCUUUCUCUACACCUCAGUUGGAGUCCACAUCCGUCCUGGUUCCUCAGCCUCAGUCCAGCACAUCCCCCACUACAAUUGAAGCGCGAUCUGACGUCCUUGUCGACCGAAAUUCACACCCGCCCGAGGAUUCUCAUGAUGACGAGAGUGGGGUUCUAGAAAAAAUCCAGGAGGGCCAUCCUCCAUCUGAAGCAGCAGGUAAAGAUGAAGAAGAGGAACACAAGCCCACUGAACCUCCACCUGAGCAAGAUGAUAGUGAAGAAGAUCCCGUUGCUUCCAUGGAGAGGAAGCUAGAUAAGGUGAAAGCGCGGAUAUCCGGGAAGCUCAGUGUGAUUAAGGAAACAAUAGCCUCUUUGUCGGAAGAGAGGAAGGUGUUGAGGAGGAAUCGGAGGAGCGCGGCGGAUAGCGUGAAUGCAGUAUCCCUUAAGUACAAGGAGCUGGAGCGCGAGCUCGAGGAAGCAUGCGAGGUGGAGGAUUUUGAGAGGGCGGAAAGGGUUAGCGAGAGUCUUGCAGCGGCAGAGAAGGAGAAGGAUGAUCAGCUGAGAUUGCUCAGAAGAGCUGAAGAGGAUUGUGAUGUGGUAGAUUUGAAAAUGCAGGAGGCCCUGGAAAUGCAGAUAUCUACUGAAGAGGAGAGCGUCGCUCUCCUGGAGCACUUCUCAGAGGUAUGUGUCGCUACUUCAGUGGUGUAGAUCGUGACCGAUGCUUUCCUGCUUCAAUUCUGAAGUAUUUCAUCCGCAAAUAGCCCUUUUUUAACCAAUUAAUUAGUGUUAUAUUCCAUUUUCAUGCAUAAAUUCCUUAUGCACGAGGACAUCUUCAUGUUCGGAUCCAUGGAUAUUGAAACUUCUUACUUUAAACAAAUGACCUCCAUCAAAUUUACUUUAUUUAGUUUUAACUUAAUCUUGUAUUGAUCGAGCAAUCUAGUCGUUCUCUAACAGGACGAUACUUUUUCCUAGAUUCAGAUUGUCAGAGGCAGCCCAUCUGAGAUAAGUGGUUUUAAUCUCUUUAAGUUGGAACCGAUGACUAAUUUUUUGCCGGUUAAUACUCAAAAUUUUCUGAACUGCCUGCCAGGUUCACCUCAGAAAUCAUCCCUGCAAUCUUUCUUUAUUCUUUUGCGGAGAAUAGGGUCAUAUGCUCCUCACAUAACUGUUUCUAGGUGAAUCUACGGAUGGAAAGUGGGAAUGGAAUUUCGAAAUAAACUCGGUUGCACAUGGUGAGAUGUAUGUUGUUCUGGAUUUCAGUCAAUAGCUACUUGGCAUAAAUUCAAGAUUUCCUGUCGAAUUAGUCCUUGUUAAUAACCAAGAGAUGGGAAAUAUGUCUUAAUUCACCUUUGGCAAGUCAAAAAAUGGCAGUGAAAUUUCGCCUUUCAUCCAUGCAAAUGUCAUAAUCUUUCUUUAUCCUCGACCCAUCAUACCCCCGCUCUCCCAAAGUCUACUUUUAAUAGGGACAGCAUGACUUCCAAUACUUGCUCUAAUGCCCUAAUUCCGACCCUAAGUUCGAUUUGAUAAAAAGGCAGGUUUGUUUCAUGAGUUGGUUGUUCUUCUCUGCAAAUAUGUCUUAGAUUGCUUUUGGGUCGGGUUGGUUCUAUCUCACUUCUCUAUUCCAUGGGUAAGUGUAGAUUCAGGCAUCUUGCUUCGUAUCCAUAUAGAACUAUAAGCUGAUUGAGACAAGGGUAAACCUUGUCGCAUGGGGUCCUGUUUUGAUUAAUGGAGAUGGCUGAGUUUUAUAUAGAAGAAUAUAUCCUGUGUGUACUGGACCAAUUUUCUUCUCUAGUCAUAUACUUAUGUUUGCAUUCGGAAUAAAUGAAAGGAUAUUUGGAAACCCUGCUGAAUCGCACUUUAUAUUUAUGAAGUCGGUGUCUUAGCUGGUCUUUAUAAAUUCCACUGUGAUGAAACAGUGGAAUUUAUCAGUCUUGUUUUCUCUGUUUGAUGCAAAUUUCUAUGAUGUCCUUUCAGAAUGCUGUUGAUAGUGCAGAGAAAAUCACGAAGAAUGCCUCAGAAAUCUGUUCAAAAGAAAUGGAAGAAUGGCAGCUGUCAAUUGAAACAUUAGAAGCUAGAAAGUUAGAAAUGGAGAUUGAAUCACAUGUUGUGGACGAAGCGCGUUCAGGGCUGGUAAACUCCAUCGACCAGUUGACUGAUGGUGACCAGAAAGGAAAGGAAAUGUUGAACAACAAGGGGGCCGUACUGGCUAGAGAAUUAGAGGAGUUACAAGCAUUAGUCCGACAGAAAGAAGCCCAGAUUGCCGAAAAUAAUGCGCAGAUACUACAAGUUGAAGAAAGAAUUUCUAAGGUGGUCUUAGAAUUCCAAGAAUCACAGUCAACUAUCAUUGCAAAGCGCAGAUAUUUGGAGCUCGCGCUCUCUGAAAUUGAAUCCGAAGAAGAUGAUUUGUCCAAGAAGAAGAAGGAAAUAGAUGAAUCUCUUGGCCUAGCCGAGCAGAAGAGCUUGAGACUCAAAGAGCUCGCCCACGUCUCCGUUGAGGAAGCAAAGACCUGUCGAGAUUUGGUUGCCCUGAGGAAGAGCAUGUCAUCCUAUGUUCUAAAGUCCAGGGAGGACAAGACAAGGCUUGCGAACACUGAGGAGCAAAAAUCAGAGGAAGUCCACAUGCUUCGGCAACAAAUCUCAACUGCGAGGUCUUCUCUUCAGGUUGUUAUAAUAAUUUUUUUCAAUAAAAGCAUGAAGGAAUAUUUUUAAAAUUUUCCUCUAGUGGAGUCAAUAAAUAGUUUAUGUUUAAGAUUCUAAUUGACGCAACAUGAUGUCAAAAUUCUCUCUUCCAUCCUGCAAUCUUCUUCAAUCCUUUCUGCCACUGCUGAAGACUCUCCGGCGUUCUGGGCUUGCAGGAACUCUCUUCAACCAGGGCGAGUAUCCAAGAAGAAACCACUCUGUUGAGUCAGAGGAUUGGCUUCAUAGACAAGAGAAUUCCCGAGCUGGAGGCAGAAAAGAAGGUCGCCGCUGCUGCCAGGAAUUUCAAGGAAGCUGGCCGAGUAGCUGCCGAGGCCAAGGCCCUGAGCUUAGAGAAGGAAAGUGCCCAACUUGAAAUGGACAAGGGCUACAAGGAACUGGAGAGGGUGGAGGAGGAAAUCAGAAACAUCGUCACAAAGAUAGAGGAGAGUGAAGAGCUCGUCUCGUUCAAAGAGAAGGAGGUGGCACUCGCGGGGUGGGAGAGGCUCCACCUAGUUGCUGCCACUGCCAGGGCAGAGCAGUCGGCCGCCCUGGAGUCAGGUGACUCUGAGGAAGCAAGUAUACUGCUUGCAGAGGCUGAGGCGGCCGAGUCAAAGGCAAGGGAACUCCAGGGAAGAUAUGGAUUCGAGCUAGAAUCACUUAAAGGCGCGCCCAGAAGCCUGCUGUCCAUACCCAUGAUCACCAAUCUCUCAGGAGCAGAGGCAUCAUCGGUGAAGAACGACUGUGCAGAGGAGGGUAUGGAAUGA